GUUGGCCAGUGGCUUCCGACCGGGUUUGGGGGAAGGGAGCCAGAUUCGUUCAGGAAUUGGGCGUGGCUCCGGUUGCUAUGGCAGCGGGGACGCUCGUCCAGGCCUGAGUCCCGCUUAGAGGCCGAAGCUCCUCCCGACCUUUGCAUGGCACCCAAGAAAGAGAAAGGCGGGACAGCGAACGCCACGAUCAAGGCUUGGGAACCCUCGCUCAUCGCUGCGCACUUCAACCAGAGCGACUGGAAGGGCUCGAUCGCUUUUGUAGUUGGAAACCGAGUCGAGGAUGAUCUACUCAUUGGUGCCCUCGCCCAGGCGGUGCAGAUGCCGCAGCGCAAGCUCUUCAGUAUGGUUUCCUGGCAAGACAUUCUCCAGCAGAUCAAUGAAACAAAUGCACUUCUUGGAGCUACAUCUAAAAGGGCAAAGAAACCUACAGGAGUUAAUCCUCCUUUGUAUUACGAGGUGUUAAUAGCAGCGAAAACCAUCAUGGACGCCGGCGAGAAACUAACCUUGCCGCUGAUAGGGAAACUCCUCAAAUUCCAGCUUCUGCAGAUUAAAUUGAAGGACCAGCAGCGACGGGAAAAUGAAAAGAAGGUGAUAGAAGAUAGAUUUAAGAUAGAAAAGGACAAAGGCAAAGCAAAGUCUCCCAAGGAGAAGAAGACACCAAAUGCCAAGGCUGCCAAAGGGAAGGGGAAGGACCAGCCGGAGGCCAACACCACGGUGAAAAAGACCACACAAUUAAAGCGGCGGGGAGAGGAAGACGGUGCCAAGUAUUACAUCGAUGAUGAACCAGAUGAUGGUGCCCAACAUUACAUUAUCGUCGUGGGCUUCAACAACCCUCAGCUAUUAGCGAUUAUGACUGAGCUUGGCAUCCCCAUCAGCAGCGUGAUUAAAAUCUCUUCGGAGAACUAUGAACCACUGCAGACACACCUGGCAGCGCUUAGCCAGCAGCAGGAAGUUCUUCUUCAGCCAGAAGAUAUAGAAGCUGAAAAAUUGAAGAAGCAGAAAGCCACAAAGGAGCUUGAAGUUUUCUGGAAGUACUUGGAACCGAUCCUGAAUAAUGAAAAACCUGAAACGAAUCUCUUCAACGUGGCUCGGCUCGAGUACACAGUCAAGGCGGAUGACUUUCCUUCCCACUGGUCGGACAGCGAGAUGAUGCUGGAAUUGGGCACCAAUAUUUUUGAGAACAUCGCCUGUUUGAUGUAUGACACUCUGGACUGGAAAAGGCAGCACCAGCACUAUUUGGAAAACAUGCAGCUUAUUAACGUCCCGCAAGUGGUCCAUGAGAAACCUGUUCUAGAAGCCGUACCGCCUUCGGAGGCCCCACAGCCUGUCCCCACAACGCCUGGAAAGAAGAAACCGCCUUCCGAGGAGCCGCAGGCCCCGCCAGCAGCGGCGCUGCUCGCAGUGGACGUGGACAUGAGGUGUUACAAUGACCUGCUGAGCCUGGUCCCCGAGGAGCUGGUCUCCGUGGCGCUGAUCCUGCACUGCAUGGUGGAGCAGGUGGUGGCGACGGAGGAAGAUCUUGUCCCACCCAUUCUAAUGGACCCUCCUCCCAGAGCAGACGGGCUGGACCACAGGAUUGCAGCUCACAUUGUCUCCAUCCUGCCCUCUCUCUGCCUCACGGAGAAGGAGAAAAAGAGCCUGCACGAAAUGUUCUCCUCUGAAGAAGAAUUGGAGAGCAAAGCGGUGCCCAAGGGCCCUCUCCUGCUCAACUACCACGAUGCCCGUGCCCAGAAGAAGUAUGUGCUAAAGGACCAGAAGAAUUUCGACCCAGUGCAGAUUGAGGAGGACAUGCACGCCAGGUUGCCGCUGUGGAAGUUCCUGGAGUUCCCGCUGCCCCCGCCCUGGAACAGCACUAAGCGUCUGGCCAUGAUCCACGAGCUCAUGCACUUCUGUACAAACGAAAACUUGAGCUGGAAUGAAGUAGAACGAGCCUUCAAAGUGUUUACUUUUGAGAGCCUGAAACUCUCUGAGGUUGACGAAGAGGGAAAGCUAAAACCAUCCAGGAUGAUGUACGGGACCGACGCGGACACGUUCAACAUACCCUGGGACAACCCCGCCAGGUUUGCUAAGCAGAUCAGGCAGAAAAUUCUCAUGAAAAUGAAUGCCCAAGAGAACAAACUGCAGAAAGAUGUUAAACCCAAAGACAAGACACUAUUUAUGCAUCCGAAAUUGUUAAUGCCUGAACAAGAGGAUGAGAUUAAUAAAGAAACUCCAGGUUCUAGACAGGCUGAUGCUAACAAUGUGAAUCCUUUUUCUGACGUGAAUAAUAAGGAAUCCUCAAACCCUCAUGAUGGAGAACAGUCCGAUCAGAAGAGGAGCUUGGACAACCUGCUCCAUCCUGAGCCUUUGGAGCGGACCACAAGCAGCGAGAUCAAAGAUGAAGCAGUCACAAAGGGCUAUCCUUUUGAAAAGAAACCCAGGAAGAUGACUGUGGAGGCAGAGUUAGAGGACAUAAAGAAAACGCAGCAACGCAGCCUCACGGACUGGAGUUUUACUGAGCAUUUUAAACCCAAAGUUCUGCUGCAGGUUCUUCAAGCUGCCAAUGAGCAAUACAAGUGUGUUGAUUCCUAUUACCAUACCCAAGACAACUCUUUACUGCUGGUCUUUCAUAACCCAAUGAAUAUGCACCGCCUGCAUUGGGAAUACUGGAAUACUGCUCUCCACUCCAACGUUGGAUUCCGGAAUUAUUUGGAACUUGUCGCAAAUUCCAUUCAAGAUUGGAUCGUGAAAGAAGAAGCAAUCUAUCAGGAAUCUAGAAUGGCUGAAGAAAUCAAUAGGACCAAGGCUGAGCAGGAGUUGAAAUCCACUGCCAAUGUGAAAAUCUCUUCUCCUAGUAAAAAUGUUUCUUCUAAAAAAUCUAAAAAUGUAGGUGCCAGAGGAGUCUCCAAAGCAGAUAUACCAGAUCAAGAAAAAGACAAAGACAAAGAAAAAGACAAGAUUCCUUUCAUUUUGGAAGGUUCUCUCAAGGCAUGGAAAGAAGAACAAGAUCAGUUGGCAGAAGAGGAACGCCUAAGAGAAGAAAGAAAAGCAGAAAAGAAGAGUAAGGAAGCUGGAAAAAGGAGAGGCAAGGAAAAAGUCGAAAAAGAAGACAGCAAGUUUUCCAAAAAAAACUUUAGUCUCAGGGACAAAAUAAAAGAAGAUCAAAUAAAUGCCUCAGAAGUAGCAGCGGCGCCCCACCAGGAACCAGAGCCCGAGAAAGUGUACCCGUUCCGCGGAUACAACAUGGGCGACGUGCCCGUCCAGAUCGCAGGGGAGAGUUGCUACCUGUAUCCUUCGGAUGGAGGGAGGAUUGAGGUCGAAAAGACAACAUUUGAAAAAGGCCCAACUUUUAUCAAAGUGAAAGUGAAUAAGGACAAACACAACUUCCUAAUUCAUUUAAAAGACCCUAAGAAAAUUGUGAAAAGGGAAGAAAAGGAAGAGGAUUAUUCUUCAGAAGAAGAGAGAGAGGAAAAAGAUGAGGAACAAACUCCUGAAACAGAACAAUCAGAUGCAAAGAAUAAAGCUGUCAGCAAGUUUGGAUCUUUCUCUGCCACCUUAGAAAAUGGAAUCUGCCUCGCUAUCAGUUACUAUGGGUCAAGUGGACUGGCGCCAGAGGAUAAAGAUCCUUAUUUGGAAACAAUGUUGAAUAUCCCAUCAGUCCAUAUUCCAACGGUGAUUCCUGUGGUAGUGACUGUUCCUCAAGGCAAGGGAAAAGUGAAAGGAAAAGGUAAAGAAAAACCCAAGGAAUCUAUUAAAGAAGAAGAACAGCCAACAGAAGAAGAGAAAAAGGAAGAAGUGGAACCAGAACCUGUUACAGAAGACACCACUUACGUCCCCACCUUCCAAAACUUAAAUGUGUCUUGCCCAAAUGGGCUCCUUGUGACUUUCAUUGGGCAAGGGUCUUCAGAUCAGGAAGUGGUGGAUGAGAAACCCACUUGGAACAUCAUGGUGCGACAGAGCUACCCCCAGAAGGUGAAACACUAUGAGUCCUACAAGAUGGUGAUGCCGCCCGUGGAGCAGGAGGCGUCCAGGGUCAUCACCAGCCAAGGCACUGUGGUCAAAUACAUGUUGGACGGAUCCACACAGAUCCUUUUUGCAGAUGGGGCAGUGAGCAGUAGCCCAGAUUCAGGACCCGUUUUACCCCCCACUGAGAUGCCAGCGAGUCCUCACAGCGGGGACUUGAUGGACACGGCCUCCCAGCAAAAGUCAGAAACGGCGCCGUCUGAGACGGUCAUCACGAAGAAAGGAAGAAGCCACAAAAAUCAAUCAUUAAUGGCACAUAAGAGUGAUAUCCAGGAACCGCCACCAGAAAUAUCUCAAAAUAUAACUCCCGUGGAAGCUCACGUAGGCACCUGGUUUACAACCACACCUGUCGGAGAUCGGAUUGGCACCAGAGGAUUAGAAAGGAUAGCAGAUUUGACUCCGUUUUUAUCCUUCCAGUCCACAGAUCCUGUCCAUGGAACGGUCAUGACCACCCGCGAGGACAAAGUGAUCAUUGUGGAAAAGAAAGAUGGGUCUAGGAUCGUGGACCAUGCAGACGGCACCAGAAUCACCACCUUCUAUCAAGUGUUCGAGGAUCAGAUUGUCCCCCCGGGUGAUCCAGAAACGACCGAGGGCCCCCAGGCUGUGCCCAGGCAGGUGAAGUGCAUGCAGAUCGAGAGCGCGCACUAUGCCACUGUCAUCACCAACUGCGAGGACAGCAGCUGCUGCGCCACCUUUGGGGACGGGACCUCUGUUAUAGCCAAGCCACAGGGAACCUACCAGGUGUUGCCUCCGAACACAGGCUGUCUUCAUAUUGAUAGGGAUUGCUCGGCCACGUACUGCCACGAGCCAAGCAGUGACCUGUACCACCCUUUCCAGAAACGUGAGCAGCUGAGAGCGAGCAGGUACAUCAUGAAGCACACAGCUGAGGUCAUCUGCGAGGUCCAGGAUCCCGAGGGAAACACUUUCCAGGUCAUGGCUGAUGGGAGUGUGUCCACGAUGUUACCGGAAAAUAAUUUGGACGAUGAUUUAAAUGCAAAAACUGAGGACUGUGAGAGCUUAUCAACUGUUCAUAAGAAUCAGCAGCAAUUCUCUGAUGAACACGUCCCCAGAUUUUUUGUUAUCUAUACGGAUGGGUCAGGAGUGGAACUCCUGCGAGACAGUGACACAGAAGAAUUUCUGUCCUUGGCAUAUGGAGAGUCGACUGCUGUGGUUCUCCAAGAGCCCGUCCAGGAACAGCCAGGUGUCCUGAGCAUCACUGUCCUUCGCCCUUUUCAUGAAGCAUCUCCUUGGCUAAUGAAGAAAGAAUUAGACACGAUUGUCCCUCCCAAUCUCCGGUCAAGGUCAUGGGACACAUUUCCCCCCACUGAGAAAAAAAUUCCAGGACCUCCAUUUGGCACUCAGAUUUGGAAGGGCCUUAAUAUUGGAUCCAAACAACUAGUGAGUGCCCCAGCCCCUAUACUUAAGAGCCCCAAAGUGCUGCAGAUACGCCAGUUCAUCCAGCAUGAGAUCAUAAAGAAAGAAAUGAAACGAAGACUGCAGAUUUCCCUUAAGGACUAUAUAAACCAUAUCCUAAAGAAAGAAGAUGAGCUACAGGAAAUGACAGUUAAGGAUUCCAGAACUGAGGAAGAGAGAGGCAACGCUGCCGAUCUCCUCAAGCUAGUCAUGUCUUUCCCUAAAAUGGAAGAAACUGCAAAAAGUCAUGUCACUGAAGUUGCAGCUCACCUAACAGAUUUAUUCAAACAAUCUUUGGCUGCUAUACCAGAAUGUCCUCCAGAAACAUUUGAUAAAGAUUUCUUGGAAAAGAAAUGGAGGCGCCUAGAAACAUCAAAGAAUUGGAAAGAAAAGAUAGCUCAAAGGAGGAAGGACAUUGAAAAAACAGAAAAUUAUCUAAUGGAAAUUAGGAACAAACUAAUAUCACCUUACUUUAGUUCUGAAUUUUGCAAGACAUUUCAGUCUCAGUUUAAUUAUCUGGAAACUCUUUCCAAGAACUUGCCUCCUUUUACAAAGAAAGAUGAAGAUGAAAACAAAACAGCGGUUCAAAGUGAAUCUGAUCUUCGUCUAGAUUCCCAGCCCGAUAUAACUUCAAAACAGGAAGCCUCAGACACACCAAAUCUUCCAGAAGAUGCUAGCAAGGUUAUCAGCAAGGCCACCAGCCAGGACCACACUGAAGACUCUACCAAGCCUAGGAGAGAACCAGAACCUUUUGAGCCGCUGAAAAUCCCAACCCAGUCGUUGCUGCAGGAUGUUACAGGACAAGCAAGGAAAGAGAAAGUGAAAUUACCUCACUAUUUGCUGAGUUCCAAACCCAGGUCUCGACCUCUGGCAAAGGUGCACAAUCCAGUUGGAGGCAGAGUGAAAACAUCGUCUGUUGAAGCUGCCACCAUGAAUAAACCAGACUCAUCCCCUUUCGGAUUCCACCUGCUCCCCUCAUCAGUGAAGUUUGGGAUGCUCGAAGAAGGACAAACCUAUACGGCCACUGUGAAGCUCAAGAAUGUUGGGGUGGACUUCUGCAGGUUUAAGGUGAAGCAGCCCCCACCCAGCACGGGACUGAAAGUGACUUACAAACCUGGGCCGGUGGCAUCUGGUUUGCAGGCGGAGCUGAAAGUGGAGUUAUUUGCCAUGGCGUUGGGAGAGGAUGGCGCCAAGGGAUCAGUGCAGAUCUCCCACAAUAUUGAGAUUAUGACUGAGCAUGAUGUCCAUUUCUUACCUGUGGAAGCAACAGUUUUAACAAGCAGGAAUUAUGCUAAAAGACUGAAAGAAUUUCCUCAGGAAACAGAAAAUCCCAUGAUCCAGAGGACUUCCUCUAUAUUGGGGGCCUUCGUGUCUCGUAAGGUUUCGCACUAGCUCCAUUUCUGCUCGGUAUAGCUCAAUCGCUUCCAUGAUCCUCUCAGCCUACACAGAGGAUGACAAAGGACAGAAAUCAUCCAACCAUCCCACCAUCCCAGAACACUGCACCUGGAGGGCCUGACUAGAGUUAACAAAUGAAAUGGCCUGAAUCAGUUUAAUAAAGAUGGGCCGCUGAAGUGCCAAACAGCAUUUCAAGGAAGCUUUGGUUUU